UAGGAUAUAAUUGAAACAAAUUUAAAGAUUAGGGACCUAACUUCAAAGAUUAGAUGCUUGGAGUUGGACCCGAUUGAAAUUGAACGGAUCUUCGAGAUCGGUUUCUUCGUUGAUUCUCCAAAAGGAAACGAGAGUAUUCUGAGCGGAGGAGAGUGAGAGAGACAGAGAUGGUCGGAGGAGAAGCGCUGAGCGCAUACAGGGCUCUCCUAAGAGCCACCCGGAAAUCAUUCGUCGGCGACACGAUGAUGUUGAAUGCCUCCGCCGCCGAGAUCCGUAAGAAAUUCGAGGAGAAUCGUCAUGUCACCUCCGAAUCCGAGAUCCAGAGACACCUCGAGGAGGCACGAGAGGCUUCCCAUUUCAUCUCCACCAUGAUCGUUCAAGCCAAGCUCAACGACCGUGGUGGCUACGAGGUGAAGCCAGAUAAGGCGCAUGCAGGAGCAACGCUGGAGGUUCCUUCCGAAGAGAUGCUUCGGAAAUCUGUAUGAGCAAGGGAGGGACUUUAAGACCAUGGUACAACAAUCAUUUUCCUCUGUUUACCAUGGAUGCUAUGAGUCCUACUGCGUGUAUGAAUGUAUUUGCAAUGAGAUUGAGAUAUUUUGG